AUGGCCUCUUCCAUCGAAACCGGAGGCGCGUGGAUAACCAUGAAAGAUAUUUUGUUCUGUGAGCAUUGGGUCAAAGUUGGUCAUUGCCCAAUCACAGGCAAUGAGAUGAAGUCCUCUCAUAUGUGGAGAAAAAUUCAUGGAGAAUUUUGUGAAAGAUUGGGUUUGGCUCGUACGGAAAUGGCAUUGGCUAGCAGGUGGAAAAUUUUGAAUAAAGAGUUAGGAAAAUGGAGAGAUGCGUUGGCAAAAGUGAGGGACAACAUUCGAAGCGGUCAAAAUCUUACAGACGAGAAUUGUUCGAUAUUCAAAAUUAUUCCUACUGGUCCGACGUUUGUAUUAAAUGAGACGUCAAUCCACGAUUCACUGGCAACCGAUUCGCUAUUGGACUCCCCAAUGGAUCAAGACUCACCAAUCCAACGUGAGUCGAGGCCUAUUGGGAGAAAGGUGGCAAAGACCAAGAGAGGGAGCACUUCGAACAAUGAAUGUGCAAAAAAAUUUGAGCAAAUUGCUAAGAAUGGCGCACUGAGAAUUGAUAGAGACUUGAAAAGAGAAGAAGCUGACAAGGCACGAUAUGAAGCAUAUGCAAUUGAAAGGCAGCAGACAUAA